AUCAUUAUCACCCACCUGCGCGACAGGUACAUGCUUGCUGACUUUCUAGAACGAAAGCACAGAUGUGGUAAACAAAGAAAAUAAGUUCUUAGCAACCUCUACCACGCACACGCGCGCACACAUUGACGCACGCGCACUGCUCCACCCCACAUCCACCUUCCUCGACUGGCUGGGCUUGUUAGAGCUCACGCCCGUACCUGUUUGCUAGUUUGCUGAGACACCUGUCAGGGAAGAACGACUUUUUUUUCUUCUGCUCACUUCGGCCACACUCAGCUGUGAGAAGAGAGCCCUGUCGGAUAUCAGGGUUGAACAGGUUGCCUGUAGGGGAAAGCGCCGAGAUCCCACCAGAAGAAACAUGUCAAGAGAGGGAGACCGAGCAUCUGUGCUUCGCACCACCAAAGUACGAACAAAGCUGAGGGGAGACGGCAGCUGGCUGCAGCGCCGAGAUGAACCUCAGGCUGAAACUCAGGAGGAGGAAAAGCCAUGGUUGGCAGAAGUCAGAGCCAGGCGUUUGAACGGAGCUCCCAUUGAAACGAGCCCAGUUUCCUCACCAGUAAAAGCCACGCCGCCACCAGUACAGUCUGACACUGAGAGUAAACCAGCAACACAAGGAUACCUGAUCAGAGGUGUUUUUACUAAACUAGAAAAGCCUGCUUCAACUCCAUCAUCUAAUGGCACAAGCACAACAAAAACAUUCACUAAAAAGCCUUCAGAGACCUACAAGAGGAUAGCCCCUCACAUUGUGAGGAACACUUCAGAGAACCCCGAGGGCCAGCUCAGCUUUGAGGAGCAGGAGAGACGGACGGAGGCCGCCCUUCAUGUUAUGAAGACAAAAGCAGCCAACAAACGAUCCUAUGUUUUGUCUGCUGCUAAGCUGUACGAGACUAAAGAUACACCGCCUGACACUUCUUUGGCCACCAGCGAUCCUUCAUUUGUGGCUAAAAGGGUGGAGAUUUUUGAUGAUGCCGACAGCGCGGUGGAACCGUCUCCUGCUGUUCCUCCCACAUCUGCUGCCUCUGCUCCUGCACCCAAACCGCAGUCAGCCUCCAGUACUGACACAAUCGCUGCCUUGUCCGACACCCUCAUUUCUUUGGACACAAACCCUAGCAGCGCUGAGAACGACAAGCAAGAGCUGGCAGAGGAAGAAGGAGGCCCGGUGGACAGUCCCACCCCAGAGGACAGUGUUGAACAGGAGCCAGAUACAGAGCCCAGAGAUGGCGAACCAAUAACAGGCGAUCUCCUGGGUUUCAGUGACAAUCCAGAAGAACCAGCGGAGCCUGUUCCAUCCAGCCCGGGGCGCUGGAGUCAGGAUCUACUCACUGGACUUGGCGGCCUCAGCAUGCAGCAGCAGGAGGAGGAGAAGCAGACGGAUGAGACAGCCGUGGAAACACAAAGCUCGGCUGAUCCGUUUGAUCCAAAUCCGAUAGGGACUGCAUCCCAUAACAGCCCCCCUGACCUGCUUGAGCCCUCCGCUGAUGUUUCCAUCAACAGUUCAGCAACAACAGAGGAGACGAUGGAAAGUCCAAGACCAAAAGAGUUCGAUUGCAUUAUGGCGGUAGAACUACCUGAAUACUCAUGUCCCAACAUACCAAAACCGACGCCAGUGGGAGUUGAAAAAGUCAUCUUUAAAAUGACUCCAAUGCAGUACGAGCCUAUGUACAAAAUGGAGGAAGAGGUGCCCAGUGUGGUGGGGGAACAAGUCCACCACUACUUUCUCCAAGCGGAGAAAGUAGAAGAGGAGGAUGAGGGGGACAAAGCAGAAGAGGAAGAGGAGGACGAGGGGGACAAAAUAGAAGAGGAAGAAGAGAAUGAGGAGAAAGUAGAAGAGGAAGAGGAGAAUAAGGAGGAGAAAGUAGGAGAGGAAGAGGAGAAUAAGGAGGAGAAAGUAGGAGAGGAAGAGGAGAAUAAGGAGGAGAAAGUAGGAGAGGAAGAGGAGGAGAAAGUAGAAGAGGAAGAAGAGAAUGAGGAGGAGAAAGAGAAAGUAGAAGAGGAAAAAGAGAAUGAAGAGGAGGAGGGGAAAGUAGAAGAGAAAGAGGUAAAUGAGGAGGAGGAGAAAGUACAAGAGGAAAAAGAGAAUGAAAAGGAUGAGGGGAAAGUAGAAGAGGAUGAGGAGGAAGAUCAGAAAGUAGAAGAGGAAGAGGAGUCUGAGGAAGAAGAGGAUGAGGAGAAAGACGGAGAAAGCUCUCAGGGUUCCUGGAACACCACAUGGGAAAUCCCUCAUGAGGCAAGCACAGUGGAGAGCCAAAAAGCUGAGAAGGAGGACAAGGCUGGAGAUCAGCAGACGUUGAUCAUGUUUGAGAGAAAGUCCACUGAGAAUGACUCCCCUUGGGAUAAAUGGAUGACCCCCACUGUUUAUACCAUCUCCACUGGGACGGGAGAUGGCGAUGAGGAGGAAGUAAAGGAGGAAGAACGGCCAGCCGUGGUAGCGGAAGAGCAACGGGUCCCAACACCAGAACCGGAAAGCAAAAAGCCUUUUGUGUACGUGAGGGAGUACGUCGAUGCAAGUGAGCCUUUGCUCAAUCUCAGGGACCCACUGAAUGGGUUGGACGAUUUUACAUCAAGCUCCAUCAGUUACUCGUACAGCAGCCCCUCCAGCUACACCAGGCUCUCCCCGUCGUCCACCUGCACGUACUGCGGAAAGCAGGUGGGCAACGAUGCCAAGAUCAGCAUCGAGCACCUCAAUAUUAACUGCCACCCUGACUGCUUCAAGUGUGAUGUGUGCAGUAGGCCUAUGGGAGACCUUCUCCACAGUAUGUUCCUGCACAACAAAAAGGUCCACUGCGAGAGCUGUUACGCCACCGUUAUUUAAUCCUCGGAGCUUUUCAUCACCUCCUUAUCCUUGUCCCCCCAGCCCCUCAUUCAUGUUCAUUUGCAUAAUAAGUGAGAACUGCUCUGAAGUUUGCACCGAUUUCUUUCUUACUUUGCUGUAACACAUUUUAAAGUGAUAAUAAAAAAAGAAACUUGAAUUGUCAGUAUGAUAACGUCACAUGUUGAACGGUCUAUUUUUUUGGGGGGGGAUGAAAUAUGUUUGUGUGUCAGAUACAAUGAAGGAUGUGUUUUAUAUGUUUUUUUAUGUAAAGAUUCACAAUAUCAGGUGGGCUUGGACAAUGUAAUUCGAUAACAUGAGGCUCGCUACGUUUAAAAACCUUUUUUUUUUGCUUAUUUUACUCAUCUCGAUACAAAACAGUGUGCUGAAAUGUACAAUGCGUUGCUAACAAAAUAAAAUGAUUUAAACAA